AUGCUUCGAAAUUACAUCAUAUCUCUGGCCUGCCUGUUGGGCAUGGUGCAAGCGGCACCCUCGGAAAACUCCAACCUCCGUCACCCCCCAAACGUGUUUUCAAAAACGGAAAGGUUUCCCUUGCCAAAUCAAGGCCACAUCCACGCCCAUGACCCUAAUAUCUUGCAGCACGACAAUAAUUUCUAUCUGUUCAAAGGAGGGAUCCAAGUCCCCAUAUUCAAAUCAUCUAGUUUGUCAGGGCCCUGGACGAAUAUUGGCACAGUGCUAGACGGACCCACCGUCAUCGAAAAACAAAACCGCACGCGUCCCUGGGCUCCAACAACAGUGGAAUGGAAGGGGAAGUUUUACUGUUUCUAUACUGUCAGCAAGAACGGAGUUCGCAAUAGUGCUAUCGGCGUUGCAAGUACAGACUCGAUCGAAAGCGGCUCUUGGACAGACCAUGGAGGCCUAGUCUACACUGAAAAGGGGCCUUUGGCCCAUGUCUGGCCCUACACUGUCUCUAAUGCCAUUGAUGCCUCAUUCAUAGUAGACCAACAGACCGGACAGCCGUAUCUGCUAUACGGAAGUUACUGGCAUGGUAUUUUCCAAGUGCCCUUGGCCGAUGACUUGUUGUCCGUCAAGAACCCGGAGCAUCCAGACGCGAAGAAUCUGGUGUAUUUACCCGAUGGAAAGCCGAAGCCGGAUGAAGGGUCUUUUAUGAGCUAUAAAGAGCCCUAUUAUUAUCUGUGGUUUAGUCAUGGAAAAUGUUGUCAAUUUAAUAAAGGGUUCCCAACUAUGGGGCAAGAGUACAGUAUCCGUGUGGGAAGGUCAAAGGAUGUGCGCGGCCCAUUUGUGGACAAGCACGGAAAGGAACUGACGGAGGGAGGCGGCACCACUGUCUACGACUCGAACCAUGGAAUCGUCUAUGCUCCCGGUGGACUCGGGGUACUGCCUGCCACUACCACGGAUCCAGAAAUUUUAUAUUACCAUUAUCUUAACACAAGUGUCGGAUUCCUGCAUGGCGAUGCCCUUCUGGGUUGGAGCUAUCUUGACUACGAAGAUGGCUGGCCUGUCGCAAGAGAAACGAACGUCGCAUCUACUCUUCAGCCUAAUUACUCCACCGUGGUCGUCAUCUUGUGUAUGUGUUGCUUGGCUCUGAUUCUACUUCCAGCUCGCUUCACUGGUCAGAAACUCAUAUUGCCCUUUAUAUUCCUAGUCGCGACAGGCUUUCUGUGGCUCCACGGAUGA